CCCGGUUCGUGUUUACGUCUUCCUUCCUAUUCGUUUUAUUUCAGACUGCUGGCAUUGCAUUCAGUGGUACCAUACCCAAUUGCAAUAGUUGACGUUUAUUUACACUUUUACGGAAGUGUUGUGAAUUUUGACUUUUUAAACAUUGGUGAAAUAAUCACACGCGGGCGUUCACCUUACGAACACGAUGCAAAGAGUACAUUUUUUGAAAGACUCCUUCCUGAGUUUGGAUGCGUUCCACAAGCAUAUUGUGAUUGGGACAGCAGUUGCAGCAGGGGUUGUGCUCUACAUUCAGCGCAGACGAUGUCACAAAGUCCAAACUGUUCCUCUUGGGGAAGGGUGGUGGGGAGCAGGCGAGAGGCAACAGUCAGAAGACGACAAGAUUUAUUAUUUUGAGGUGCAGACCUCAGAUGAUGAAAUCAAGGACCUUCAUGAGCGACUUGACAAAACCCGCUACACUCAUCCUCUGGAAGAUUGCGCCUUUCAGUAUGGAAUCAAUUUAACUUAUCUCAAGAGCGUGGCUUCCUACUGGAGACAUGAGUUUGACUGGAAAAAACAAGUGGCCAUGCUGAACAAGUAUCCACACUUCAAAACUAAAAUUGAAGGAAUAGACGUGCAUUUUAUACACGUGCGGCCAACUCAAACAAAACAGAAGGUUGUCCCACUUAUGCUUGUUCACGGCUGGCCAGGCUCCUUCUUUGAAUUCUACAAGAUCUUGCCACUUCUCACAGAAAGCAACAUUGAUCUUGCCUUUGAGGUUAUUUGCCCGUCUAUACCUGGCUAUGGUUUCUCUGAGGCCCCUCAUCAAAAAGGUUUUGACAGUCUCGCUGCUGCCAGAAUUUUCCUGAAGCUGAUGGAGCGUUUAGGGUUCUUGCAGUUCUAUCUGCAGGGAGGAGACUGGGGCUCCCUCAUCACCACCAACAUGGCACAAAUAAAACCUCAGUGUGUGAAAGGUCUCCACUUAAACAUGUUUAUGAUGAGAAGAGGGUUUAAAGUGUUGCUGUCCCUCCUGAUUGGCCCUUAUCUUCCCUUCUUGGUGGGGCUGAGCCGGGAAGAUGUCCGCCGCUUGUUCCCUUUCUUUGAAAAGAAUGUGUGGACCAUCUUGAGGGAAUCGGGCUAUUUUCACAUUCAGGCAACCAAACCUGACACCAUGGGCUGUGGAGUGAAUGACUCUCCUGUAGGCUUGGCUGCCUGCAUUCUGGAGAAGUUCUCCACCUGGACUAACCUGGAGAACAUAUAUUUGGUGGACGGUGGGCUGGAAAGGAAAUUUAGCCUGGAUGAUCUCUUAACGAAUAUCAUGAUCUACUGGACCACAGGCUCCAUUGUCUCCUCCAUGCGCUUCUACAAAGAGAACCUUCAGGGUAAUCUAGACGACAGGGUUGAUUCAAGGACAGGGAUAUUUGUGCCCACUGGACUGGCUGCCUUCCCUGGAGAGCUAAUGCACUGCCCCAAAUCGUGGGCCCAAAUUAGGUUUCAUAACAUUGUCUCCUACACAUUCAUGCCUCGAGGUGGUCACUUUGCUGCCUUUGAGGAGCCUCAGCUGCUUGCCAGUGAUCUAAUCCAGUUUGUUAGAAAGGUGGAGCUUUGAACACACACACACACACACGUUAGUCAGCAUACACAUAUUCCACAAUAUCUCAGAAGACAAAGAUCUAUAAGUAUAUAAUUAUUAUAUAAUUCUUAAUUGUCAAACAAUUUUAGAAAAUAGGUUGUAAACACAAUAAACACUGUGAUUUAAACUGCAGGUCCAAGUGCUCAAUAUUCGAUUUCCGUCUUUUUAGAUGUACAUUUCAAGCGACACAUACUAUCUGAUAUGACUGUGUUUACAUUCAUAGAACUAAUGAAACAACAUGUAUUUGCAGAUGCCCAAAUUAUAUGUAAUAGCUCCACAUGCGUCAACACUGAGCAGCAACAACAUGGCAGUAAACAAUAGAUAAAUACUGGAAUACAAAUACAGUAUUAAACGUUACAUACCAUUGAGUCGGUCUGGGCUGACUCUUCCCCACCCGUUGAUUUAGAUAAGGGUAACCUCCAUAUUACUUAAUUGGCUGCCGUCUGCAAUAAUUAAUUUCAAUCAUCGACACACCUAAUGAACCACAUUUAGACUAUGCUGUAUGCCAAGGGUCACCGACACAGUGGCCGCAGGAACCAGGGUGCGCCCACAUGCCCAUAAAAAAAAAGGGCUCACCACCAGUGAAAUUCAAGUCCCAAGUGCCAAUAUAAUGAUUGAAUUAUUGUGAGAACCAAUAUGAUCAGUGUCUUCACAUAGAUGAAUAUAAUUAGUUAUUUAUAACAUAAAGGUGAUUUCAUCUAAUUUGUUAUUUUAGAGGGGUGUAUCAAACUGGUAGCCCUUCACAUUAAUCAAUACCAAAUAAGUACAUCAGAUCUCAUUUUGAGAAAGGAAAAUUGUGCCGUAGUUGUCCUGUUGGAACUUGGCCAAUUUCCCAUGACAAAUACAAUUGUUUAUGAAUGGUGUCUGCUUAAAAAAAUAAAUAAAUAAAUAAAUACAUAAGUGUUCCCAUGUAACAAAGCUACCUCUCCAAAUAAGAUAUUGCACAUCAUAUGCCAUGAAAUGUUAUUACAAUAAUUCAUAAUCUUUUUUUUUUUUUUAAUUCUAAUUCUAAAUUUAUUGUUCUCCAAUUUGGCUUUGGAGUUAUGACCUACUUUUUUUUUAUACAAUUUUUUUUCUUCUCAGGAAACAAACUGGUUUGAUUUAGAAGUGCAACAGCAUUUCACAAGACCUAACACUUUGUUUGAGUGUAGCAAGUAAAAAAAGCAACAACAAAAAAACUAAUACCGUAACCCCCUUCAGCACUGGACAGACAGAGGUGCAUAUAUCCAACCCAAUACAGGGUUAAAAUAUUGUUUCUUAAUAAUAAUUUAAAAUAAAAAGCAUUCAUAAAAACACAAUCAAUGCAAUCUGUUGUAAACACCACAACAGUAUUAAUAUAAACAUACAAUUUCCUAUCGGACUUAUUUCGUACUAUAAACAAUUUGCCAAUGUUCAGUUCAGUGUCGCUGCACUUUUAAGUCAAACGAGCAUUAAUUGCAAAUUAUUCAACAGAUUACAUGAAUGAACCCUACAAGAUUUAAAUAUGGUGUUUUAAUUUCAGUGAUUAUUUCUAUGCAAAAAAAAAAAAAAGAAAAAAAAAAAAAACACAUUUCAAGUGACAGUAAAAGUUUGGGCCAACAGGAGGGUUUGUGUGCACAUGAAGCCUCACGAAAUCAACCUUUUUGUGAACCAAUUGGAUGGAAAGCUUCAAGCCUCUUCUUAUCUGACCAUCACUACUUUAUAGGUUCUGCUGUAUUUUGCAAAGACUAUUAAAAAAAACAAAAAACAAGCAUACCUCUUGUGAAUCAACUUCAUUUUUAAUAAGAUUGUUGCAAUAUUUAGUAAAAAUAUCAUGGCUUAAAGUGAGUUUUCUGGGGCGGGGGGAGUGUUCAUGCUUUCCGGUUGAGGUAAAUUGCAGAUUUUAAUUACAGUUGUUACUAUUUUUAUACUAUUUGUCCAAUGUUUUUGUGUUUUCCAUUGCUCUAGCUCACUCUCAAUAUAUUAAGUGUUUCAAUGUAUUUUUGUUGUUUUAUGUGUGUUUAUAUAGACCUUUCAAACAAUUUGAAAAUGGAACAAAAACAUGUCAAGGGUGUAUUUAAAUAGGUAUAUUUCUAUGUCACGGAUUUCACUUAUUGCAGAGGUGGACUGGAAUGUGACCCCCACGAUGGAGUGGGGAUUACUGCAAACAGAUAAUCAGUUUGAAUGGAAAACCAAUUUAUUAUCAUCUACUUUAUGAACAGAUAAAACUAUCUGAUGAAAAAAAAAUACCUGGUUAUUUAUACUUUUAAACAAAAGGACUUUACUAUAAUGUGACUCAAGUAAAAAGUAGUCCUCCAAAAAAUACUUGAGUAAGAGUAAAGUACACAGUGAAAUAAUUACUCAAGUACUGAGUAAAUUGCACCAAAAAAAUAAAUAAAAAAACAAAAACAUUUUCAAUUCACUGCACGGUAUUUUCUCAAGUUAUAUGUGAGCUGAAAUAUCCACGUUUGGGCAGACCGUUCCAGACAAAUACUACAAUACAUGAAA